CGAGGGUUAGGGAUGAACAUGUUUAAAGAGGCUGCGUCAUUGAGCAUAGAGAGAGAAAGAGAGAGGGGGGAGGGCGAGGGGGAGGAGUGUUGACAGGAAGAGGAGGCAGCUGUGUAAGUUGAGUCAGUGGAUACAGACGACGACGAUGAUGACGAUGAUAUAGAAAACGAGCUGAUUAGCGUCGGUGCUUCAAUAACAGAGCCGUCAGCAGGAGGCGCUGAAAACUGUCUGCAAACAUCGAGGCAUUUUAUUUUUUAUGCGCAGCUCAUUGUGUUUUAAAUCACCGAUAGACAGGGAGAGAUAGUGGGGGAGUCGACGAGGGAGUGCAGCUGCGACACAGAAAAGUUGACUAAUCCUGACGCACGGAUGGAGAUGAUGUUCCGAGGAUGCGGGACAGGGACACGUGGAUUUAAUGAGGCAGACGCGGGGAAUCAGACACGUGACCAGCUUCAAAGCUCAUUCACCAGACAUGGUGCCACUGACUGAGAUCUUGCCUGGGAUUGUGGGAAUUCCUAUUGAAUUUGGAAACAAUAUACAGAGCAACGUCAUUUGUCUUAAGUCUUAGACGAACUCUUGGAUGAUCUCUCACUCUUCUCACAUUGUUGAACCUGGAUGUUUGUUGUUUGUCUCUUUAAGAGACUUUAUUUUUAGUUUUCACCCAGAAACCCAGGUCCUGUCACUGAGACCUGAGACCACUGAGUCAGCUGGAGACUGGAAGUUAAAGACAGCAACAUCUUCAUGAAUAAAACAUCUUGAAUUUUGUUGACCAGGACUGUGUCCAGGCACUGGAUACUCAUCCCCAAACAUCAUCAUCAUUAUCAUAUUCUUCUCCUGGUCAACCUGCUUCCUGCUCAUGGUGCUCUCUCUCCUCUUUGUCCUGGAAACAUGCCUGUUCAGGAGAUGGCAGUGAGUCCUGUCAAGUCCUUGUUCUGGCAGCAGUUCCCCCCGAUGUCUCAGCGUCGGGUCUACUGUGCUCCAGUUUUUAAUGCAGGCCUGCUGUAUGUGCUUGGAGGCUGCAGUGAGACUGGUAUGCCUCUGGAUAGUGUGGAGGUUCUAGAUGUAGCUAGUCAGACCUGGAGUCAGCUGCCACCGCUGCCCACGGCUCGGGCUGGUGCCUCAGUGGUAGCUGUGGAUGGACAGGUGAUGGUCCUGGGUGGCAUGAACCAGCAGCAGACGCCACUGGCUUCUGUAGAGACGUUUCAUCCAGAUGAAGGGAAGUGGGAGACCAGAGCUAGUCUGACUCAACCCUCCAUGGGUGUCACCAUCGUGGAGAAAGAUGGUAAAGUGUAUGCGUUGGGGGGAAUGGCGUCAGACACCACACCCCAGGCUUUGGUGAGAGUUUACCAGGCCGAAAAAGACCAGUGGCAGCCCUUGACUUCCAUGCCUACACCACGGUAUGGAGCUACAGCAUUCCUGAUAGGAAACAAAAUCUACAUCCUGGGCGGUCGUCAGGGAAAGAUGCCGGUCACAGCUUUGGAGGCCUUUGACCUGGAGACCAAGAGCUGGACACGUUAUCCCAGUAUCCCCAGCAGAAGAGCUUUUUCCUGCUGCACAUCCAAUGAACAAAGUCUCUUUAGUUUGGGGGGGCUCCAGCAGCCAGGACCACACAACUUUUACUCCAGACCUCACUUCGUCAAUACUAUGGAAGAGUAUGACCUUGAGCAAGGAACCUGGAUCAAACCUGCCAGAAUGUCCAGGAUGAAGGAGAAAAGAGCUGACUUUGUUGCUGGAUGUCUGGGAGGAAGAGUCAUCGUAGCUGGUGGUUUAGGUAAUGAGCCCUCACCCUUAACCUCGGUGGAGAGUUACAACCCACUGAAGCGGCGCUGGGAGUAUGUAGCACCGAUGCCAACAGGACGCUGCUCCACCUCCCUGCUCCAGACUCCUGGCAUGUUUUUUGUGAUUGGUGGUGUUGCCCAGGGACCCAGUGAUGCUGUGGAAGCUCUGUGUUUACAGGAAACAGUGUGACACGCACACAUGUUCUAAAAGAAUUAAGAGAUAGUAAUGGACCACGACCAGAAUCAGGUGACUGACAGAAGUCACUUUCUCAAUUAAAGCAGGGAAUUUUCUGGACAUUCAAGGAACUAAGGCCAUAUCUGGUUUUCAUGUUAGCAGCAGAAGCAGAGCAAUUUUUUUUCUAACCAGUGGCUUUCUGAUGUGUGUUUUGUUUAGCACAGCGGUUGCAGUCACUCGUUGUUGAGUCACCUGGUGUUUUUACUUUUUUCAAUGGAAUCAUUUGGUUGUAGACCAGUUAGGAUUAGGAUUGGAACCUAUGAUGUUAAGGGGGUCUAAUGCUUUAAUGUCAAUCCUAAUUUGCUUUAAAAAAACAUUGAUUAUCUAAGACAUGUAACCUGCUCUGACACACAGGACAAAUGGUCUGGUCUACGGGGUCUCUGCGGGUUGCUCGUCUGUGGUGCACAGUCGUGCUGGGCUUUGCUCAUAUCAGGGAACUUGCACCUUCUAAAGCAGAGAUGUGUCAGUCAAGUCAGCACACCUUGGUAAUGGGUCUAGUCUAAAGCAGAAGUUGAACUUACAGUAUCCAGAUCUGUGACUUUUAAGGUGAAUACAGUUUGUUUCACCUUCCAUACUGAGCUGAUUUUGUCAGUCAGAAAAACUGAGAAGUUCCCCUAGCCUCAGUCACAGCAGCUGCUGCCAUGUCUUCAUGACUUAGUGCUUUUGGUGAAAGUACCUCAACAUCAUCCAUCACCUUGGAAUGCAGUACAACAGGUUCAGGGUGAGAUUUUGUACAAAUCUGAUAUGCUUUGCACUGAUCCUCAAGGAUGUGACCCACUUGGGAUUCAGGCCCAAUGACUUGGCCUAUGAUCUGUUUCAAAGGUUAGUUAAGGACAGUAUAACACUGAUUUACCUGGGUAUGGACCACAACUAGACACACACAGUGUGAUAGCCCCCCACUCCAACCCACCCGACCCUCUGGAACCCUGUCAGUGUCACACUGACAGUCAAAAGGCCUCCUGACUGUGUUUUUCUGGCUCUUGAUGUGACGAACUUCUCUGCAACAGCAUUGGCAGCAUCAGCAUUGGUUGUAGCAGCAGGAUGAACGGUGCAGGUAGAGCAGUUAAUUACAGUGUUCUCACAGAACAAUGACACCAUUUCACUCACCGACUCUUUCUGACCAGGAACAUUUCCAUCAUAACUUGUGGGCACAUCUCCACGAGAACCUUUUACUCCCAGGUACCAUUUUAAAAGAAAGUUAUGUCUUCAUUUUUCAUGAACAUCAGAUGGUUUCAUCAUGGGGUUUUAGAUGUAAGCCACACAUGUGCACUGAAGUUCCCCAUACGGUACACUUUUAUCACAUGUUGCAUGUGUUAUUAGUCACUAUUUUAGAACCAGAACCCAGAUUAUUCUGUACAUUUCUGAUUCCUGCUCUGGGAAGUUCUAACGACAACCUCAGAGUUUCCUAUUCACUUAAACUUUGAGUCAUGUUUAUACUUGGAAUUACUUCAGCUCAGUGGGAGCCCAGAAUAGAUUGUAUACCUUUUAAGAUUCUGGAAAGGACUGAAAAUGGAUCAGUGUUCUAGUCUCCUAGGCUAACUAAUGUGACUAAUGUGAGCUCCCCUUCCUUGUUCUAAAUGUUUUAGCCAUUCUUUCCGUUUUGAAGCUGUGGAAUGUUCCUUUGUUCUAUUGGUUAUACACUAAAAGUCAUUAUUUGUGGCUGCUCCUCAUUUAUCCUAUAAAAAUAAUGCUUAGCUACUCCUAACCUUCGCUGUAUGAAAGGCAUUUCUGUCAAAAAUGAAUGUUUGACCAUGGUUCAUUUUUGACAGAAAUGCCUUUCAUUGCCAUUCUAAAAAUCUGACCCAGAAAACAGGAUACAACAACUAGAACAAAAGGUUCCACUUACAUUCCACUUUGUUGUUAUUCAUUUAUUUUAAGUUUUUUUUGGAUAUUGUCAAGUGAUUAUUAUUGAUGAGGUCACCAGAAUUAGAUAGCACUGUAAUUAUUUUGUUGUUAGUCAUUAUUUAUUUGUUCAUUAUUUAUUUUUCCAGAUUUGUGGAUUUGAGGGUGUGACGUGACAUACACAAUCGUAUUGUGCUUUUUGUUUACAGUUGCAGUACAAUUGAAGUACAUGCAACUGUACAUACAGUACAUUGAACCAUGUGUUGUGUUAUUUACAAAAUGUUAUUUCUUUGUAAUUUCUAAAAUCAGAUGCACCAGGAAUACUGAAGUCAUUUUUGAGCCUGUUUCUCCCACAAAAGUCAGAAGAAACUAUCUCUGACUUUACCUCACUCACACAUAAACUACUUGUAAACUGUUCCCUCCUGUAGUGUGGUCAGUUGGUGAGUUAAAUCUGAAAAAUUUUAAACAGUGAAAUCACCCCUAACACCAACCCAUUUGAUUUCAUUGAUGGAGGCAGAAAAUUAACUGCCAUAAGGCCAUUGACAGUUGUGGUAUGGUUUGGUGCAAAACAAAGACUCACAAACAUCAGUUCUUAGUGAGAACAAUUUUAUAGAGAAACCACGUUGUGUAUUUGUUAGUAUAUAUUGGGCCCUGGAGACAACAGUGUGCUGUUCACGUUGGCUGUAGAGGUUCAGUUUUUCAGUUGUUGAUAAAGUUUUUGGACUCAAGUCGUUCAGUGCCUCCAAUCUAUAAUAAACUACUUAGACUUGUCAUCUGAUUCCAGA